CGGUGACUAGACAUUCGGUCAUAGAAGCUGUGGUGCUGCUGGUAGAGAAGGAGGAGGAGGUGGAAGAGGUGGUGUAGUUCUGUGGCGGGGAGGCGUUCAAGCCACGUCGGUGAAACAAAUCAUCGCUAGAACGCCGAUCCAAGCAGGAUCCUGCAGCCAUGUCCACCCCAGAUCCCCCCAUGGGAGGCAACCCUCGCCCAGGUCCAUCCCCAGGACCAGGUCCCUCUCCUGGAGCAAUGCUGGGUCCCAGCCCAGGUCCUUCCCCAGGCUCCACUCACAGCAUGAUGGGACCCAGUCCUGGACCUCCUUCCUCUGGACUCCCUCAGCCAGGCCCACCUGGGUACGGCCAGGACAACAUGCACCCCAUGCACAAACCCAUGGAGGCCAUGCAUGACAAGAGUAUGAACGAGGAGAGUCGCUUCAGUCAAUUGAAAGGAAUAUCAGUGAGGCCUGGCGGGCACAGUGGUAUGGCCCCCCCACCAAGUCCUCUGGACCAACAUUCGCAAGGUUACCACUCUCCAUUAGGUGGCUCAGAUCAUUCUAGUCCAGUCCCGUCAAACGGUCCGCCAUCUGGACCUCUACUUCCAUCCUCCUCCUCAUCUUCCUCUUCAGUUGGCCCUGGCUCUACCUCCACACCUUUAGAAGGCCCCAGUGGAGAUCAGCACACAUUGGGUCCCAACAGCCGCCCAGGAACACUUGGCAGUUCAGGGCCUGGUCCCAGCCCUGGACCUAGCCUAGGCUCUACUGUUCCCAGCCUAGUGGCAGGCCUUGAAUCAUCUAGUGGCCUUGCUGGACCUGGAGGUCCUGGUGGCCCCGGGGGUCCUACUCCUUUCAACCAGAGCCAACUGCACCAACUGAGAGCUCAGAUUAUGGCCUAUAAGAUGCUGGCCCGGGGUCAGCCCCUGCCAGACCACCUCCAGAUGGCCGUGCAAGGGAAAAGGCCUAUGCCUGGAAUGCAGCAACCCAUGCCGAGCUUGGCUCCAGGAGGUGGACCACCAGGACCAAUGAGUUCAGGCUACAGUCGAGCUCAUGGAAUGAUGGGGCCCAAUAUGCCUCCCCCGGGUCCAUCAGGUAGUGCAGCUGGGAUGCAAGGACAAAACCACAAUGGACCCCCCAAGUCUUGGCCUGAAGGUCCGAUGGUGAAUGCAGCUGUGCCGUCCAAUGCCCCCCAAAAGCUGAUCCCUCCUCAACCCACAGGACGACCGUCUCCUGCUCCCCCCUCAGUCCCCCCCGCAGCCUCCCCCGUUAUGCCUCCGCAGACCCAGUCGCCCGGCCAGCCGGCACAGCCUCCUCCCAUGAUGCCUUACCACGGCAAGCAGAGUCGCAUAACCCCCAUUCAAAAACCCUGCGGCCUGGACCCAGUGGAGAUUCUGCAGGAGAGGGAGUACAGGUUACAAGCUCGCAUCACACAUCGCAUUGCCGAGCUGGAGAAUCUGCCAGGCUCUCUGGCUGGAGAUUUACGUACCAAAGCUACUAUAGAGCUCAAAGCUCUCCGACUUCUUAACUUUCAAAGACAGCUGCGACAGGAGGUGGUGGUGUGCAUGCGUCGUGACACAGCUCUUGAAACGGCUCUGGACGCCAAGGCAUACAAACGCAGCAAACGCCAGAGUCUGCGAGAGGCCCGCAUCACGGAGAAACUGGAGAAGCAGCAGAAGAUCGAACAAGAGCGCAAACGCAGACAGAAGCAUCAGGAGUAUCUCAACAGCAUCCUUCAACAUGCCAAAGACUUCAAGGAGUACCAUCGUUCCAUCACAGGCAAAAUCCAAAAACUGACCAAAGCUGUGGCCACUUACCAUGCCAACACCGAGCGGGAGCAGAAGAAAGAGAACGAACGCAUUGAAAAAGAGAGAAUGAGGAGACUUAUGGCUGAGGAUGAGGAGGGCUACCGUAAACUGAUCGACCAGAAGAAGGACAAGCGUCUUGCCUACCUGCUGCAGCAGACUGACGAGUAUGUGGCCAACCUCACAGAGCUUGUUAGAGCGCACAAGGCUGCACAGGCCCUCAAGGAAAAGAAGAAGAAAAAAAAGAAGAAGAAGAAGAUGGAGAGUCCUGAAGGACAAGCUCCAGCUCUGGGUCCUGAUGGAGAGCCUCUGGAUGAGACCAGUCAGAUGAGUGACCUGCCUGUGAAGGUCAUCCAUGUGGACAGUGGCAACAUUUUGACCGGGGUGGACGCUCCAAAGGCAGGACAGCUGGAAACGUGGCUGGAGAUGAACCCUGGUUAUGAGGUGGCCCCACGCUCUGACAGUGAAGACAGUGAGGAUGAAGAGGAGGAAGAGCAGGAGGAAGAGGAGGAGCAUCAGCCUUCAACAGCACCAACAGAAGAAAAGAAGAAGAUAACAGAUCCCGACAGCGAGGAUGUGUCGGAGGUCGACGUGCGACACAUCAUCGAGAAUGCUAAACAGGAUGUGGAUGACGAAUACAGUGGAGCGGCAUUUGCCCGAGGACUUCAGUCUUACUACGCUGUGGCUCAUGCUGUAACUGAGAAGGUGGAAAAGCAGUCCACUUUGUUGAUAAAUGGACAGCUCAAACAGUACCAGAUUAAAGGUCUGGAGUGGCUGGUGUCCCUCUACAACAACAACCUGAAUGGCAUCCUGGCUGAUGAAAUGGGUCUAGGGAAAACCAUCCAGACUAUUGCGCUUAUCACGUACCUCAUGGAGCACAAGAGGCUCAACGGACCCUACCUCAUCAUCGUACCCCUCUCGACUCUUUCGAACUGGGUGUACGAGUUUGACAAGUGGGCACCCACAGUUGUUAAAGUGUCCUACAAGGGUUCUCCUGCAGCGAGAAGAGCCUUUGUCCCUCAGUUGCGUAGUGGCAAGUUUAAUGUUCUACUCACCACCUACGAGUACAUCAUCAAAGACAAACAAGUCCUGGCUAAGAUCCGCUGGAAGUACAUGAUCGUGGAUGAGGGCCACCGCAUGAAGAACCACCACUGUAAGCUGACCCAAGUCCUAAACACGCACUACCUGGCGCCGCGGAGGGUCCUGCUGACCGGAACGCCGCUGCAGAACAAGCUACCUGAGCUGUGGGCGCUGCUCAACUUUCUCCUGCCCACCAUCUUUAAGAGCUGUAGCACCUUCGAGCAAUGGUUCAACGCCCCCUUUGCAAUGACCGGAGAGAAGGUGGAUCUCAAUGAAGAGGAGACUAUCUUGAUAAUCCGUCGUCUACACAAAGUUCUCCGUCCCUUCUUGCUUCGCAGGUUGAAGAAGGAAGUAGAGGCACAGCUUCCAGAAAAGGUGGAGUAUGUGAUCAAGUGUGACAUGUCGUCUCUUCAGCGGGUGCUUUACAGACACAUGCAGGCCAAGGGUGUGCUGCUGACUGAUGGCUCUGAGAAAGACAAGAAGGGCAAAGGAGGCACCAAGACGUUGAUGAAUACUAUUAUGCAGCUGAGGAAGAUCUGUAACCACCCUUACAUGUUCCAGCAGAUUGAGGAAUCCUUCUCUGAACAUUUAGGUUUCUCUGGUGGAAUAGUUCAAGGCCCUGACUUGUAUCGAGCAUCAGGAAAAUUUGAGGUGUUGGAUCGAAUCCUCCCCAAACUGCGAGCGACAAACCAUAAAGUGCUGCUCUUCUGUCAGAUGACAUCACUGAUGACCAUCAUGGAGGACUACUUUGCCUACCGCAACUUCAAAUAUCUGCGUCUAGAUGGCACCACCAAGGCUGAAGACAGAGGAAUGUUACUGAAGACCUUCAAUGAUCCUGAGUCAGAGUAUUUCAUCUUCCUGCUCAGCACUCGAGCAGGAGGUCUCGGUCUCAAUCUCCAGUCUGCAGACACUGUGGUCAUCUUUGACUCAGACUGGAACCCACACCAGGACCUGCAGGCCCAAGACAGAGCUCACCGCAUCGGCCAACAAAACGAGGUACGCGUGUUGCGCCUGUGCACCGUCAACAGCGUGGAGGAGAAAAUAUUGGCCGCCGCCAAGUACAAACUGAACGUGGACCAAAAGGUCAUCCAGGCAGGCAUGUUUGAUCAGAAGUCGUCCAGCCACGAGCGCAGGGCCUUCCUGCAGGCCAUCCUGGAACACGAAGAGCAAGACGAGGUCUGGGGUCAGGAAGUGUGUCUACGUAUGAAUGAGGAGGAUGAGGUCCCGGACGACGAGACGGUCAACCAGAUGAUCGCCAGGAGCGAGGAAGAGUUUGAUCAGUUUAUGCGUAUGGACUUGGACCGGCGCCGCGAGGAGGCCCGUAACCCACGCCGCAAACCUCGCUUGAUGGAGGAGGACGAGCUUCCUACUUGGAUCAUGAAGGACGACGCAGAGGUGGAGCGCCUCACCUGCGAGGAGGAGGAGGAAAAAAUGUUUGGACGAGGCUCUCGCCAGCGGAAGGAGGUGGACUACAGCGAUUCACUGACUGAGAAGCAGUGGCUCAAGCAGGCGAUUGAGGAGGGCACCCUGGAGGAAGUGGAGGAGGAGGUGCGUCACAAGAAGACAACGCGGAAGAGGAAGCGGGAUCGAGACCUGGACCUCCCCGUGCCCUCGUGCUCCUCGGGGGGACGAGGACGAGGAGACAAGGACGAAGAUGCAAAGAGGCAACGGAAAAGGGGACGACCGCCUGUGGAGAAGAUUUCUCCCAAUCCUCCCGUCCUGACCAAGAAGAUGAAGAAAAUCAUAGAUGCUGUCAUCAGAUACAAAGACGGCACCAGUGGUCGUCAGCUCAGUGAGGUGUUCAUUCAGCUGCCGUCGAGAAAGGAGCUGCCUGAAUACUAUGAACUCAUCCGCAAGCCUGUGGACUUCAGGAAGAUAAAGGAGAGGAUUCGAGGCCACCGCUAUCGCAGUCUUGGUGACCUAGAGAGAGACGUCAUGCUGCUUUUCCAGAACGCGCAAACCUUCAACCUGGAGGGAUCGCUGAUAUACGAGGACUCCAUCGUGCUGCAGUCAGUCUUCACCAGUCUGAGGCAGAAGAUCGAGAAGGAGGAGGAGAGCGAGGGUGAGGAGAGUGAGGAAGAGGAGGAUGAGCAGGACGACGGAUCAGAGUCUGAAACUCGUUCCGUCAAGGUCAAGAUCCGACUGGGCAGGAAGGAGCGAGGAGCAGAACGAGGAAAGGGACGAAGCAGACGAUCGGGACGCACCAGAGCCAAACCUGUGGUUAGUGAUGAUGACUCUGAGGAUGAACAAGAGGAGGAUCACUCCGUCAGUGCCACUGAUGAAGAGUCGUGAAGUGCACUGUGAGAGAGUUGAAGAGAAGAUGCGCUAUGAAGGGACCGUCCUCCUGCUCACACAUUUUACUUAAAUACCUGUUUUGGGUCUGCAGAACAAAACUUUGCUGACUCAAAACCAAACCUCUAUCCACCCUCAGUCACAUACAGUAAGAACUGUAGAAGAGUUUGAAAAUACAUGCAAAAUACUGCACUUUAAUCAGGGUCUUUCAUGAACACCCGGAGGACACAAAUGGGUUUAUUACGUCCGUGGCAGUUGAAGGUCAAAUCACAACUCCUAAAUGUUGGUUAUGUAUUGUAAUAAAUGCACGUUAUGAAUGAGGUCAUUACUCAUUCAUAAACUGCUACAAGUGCUUUGAUCCAAGCAGCUUUACUUCUUUGCCACUAAAUGGUACAAGAUCAUGUUCAUGAAAUGCUACGCUUUACACUUCAUAGCAAGGCUUCCUCUUUCCAGUUAUAAAUGCUAUCAUCUCAUCACGGUAGCGAGUUGAGAGAUAAGUGCGAACCAUUUAUUCAUUCUUUAUAAGGAGCUGAUCACAACAUUGUUAGGCAUUUUAGUUGUGUCAAGUUUUUAUUACAAGCGGUACCUAGUUUAGGUUUAAAUGACAAGAAUAAUGGCAAUGACGAGGAAGUGGGACUCUUUGAAACUUUUUUGGACGCAGUCUACGUUAACAAAGACAAUGAUCUUUAAUCCUUCUUUAGUAACAUAUCAUUUUGAAGAAGUAAUAAAUGAUCUGUAGGUGGAUUCCAAGCCAUUCAGCAAGACAAAUGAUCAUAGUAGAACGUUUUUAUUAUAUUCAUAUGUCAUAGACUGUAUAGCAUUGCAAGUCUUGUAAUACAGUACAUUUCAAAGGUUUUUAGGUAAAAAUACUGUAAAUCCUCUUUGAGGUUAAAAAUGGCCAACAAUGCAGCAUAGACAUUGCAUAAAAGACAACAAAAUUGGCAUUACAAAUGAAACACGAUGCAACACAGACUAACUAAGCACGAAAAGAGAAUCUGUGUUAAUAAGGAAUGAGUUGAACAAUUCCAGUGUAAAUGUAAAUGCAAUUAGUGCCCUAAAAUAAGCUCAUUUGACUUGAUGUGACCCUGCAGCCUUGGGACUGUCCAGAACUAGCAACUUGCAAACAGAACAUAUUCUCCCAAUGCUGAGGUUUCAUUCCAAUAAUCCUGCACGGUGUCCCAACCAACGGUCAGACACAUUUAGAAAGCAUUAUGUACGUUGCAUGCUUGGGUCGGACUUGGCGAGCCUGCAGCAUUUCUCAGAAGGCGCCAAGAGACGAUCCGCGGUUGUUUGACUGAGGGUUAAUGGUGGUCGGGCUUCACUUUUGUGUAUGUUUGCAUCAAAACAAGGUGUAUGCUGCUUUACCUCGUCUCAUAGCACUUCAAACUCAUUAGAAGCACAUGGAGGUCUUCAUCCAUCAAAUGUGUACCGUAUCUUUAAUUGCGUUCUAAUUCAUGUGGUGAUUUUAGGAUGUCAAAAGUAUUUCAUCUACUUUUCAUGUUGUUUCAAGACAAAGGACCAGAGGGACAGUAGCUCUUCUCUGCUUGUGAACGCCUCAUGGCUGUACGGUGUGGUAUAUUUUGUAUAGACCAUUUUUUAGUGUAUUAAGACUUUUUUUUUUCAGAGCAGUACUGUACUUUAUCAUUACAGUAGGUCAGCAGAACAUGCAACCAAAGCAUCACCUCAUUCUACUUUAACUUUUCAAUAUGUCUGUGCUGUGUUGUGUUGCUGUCUCUUGAAGGCAAAUUAAAACAAUCGAUUUGUGCAAAA